GCAUUCUCACACACAUUCUAUUUCAAGGGUAGAGAAUCUCGCCAACAAUAUUCACAGAGAAUUGUACAUGAAAGGAGAUUCAGCAUGGCAAGGAUCAAAGGCUUUCUGAUAUUUGGUGGAAUUAUGGCAGUCGUGGUGACAACGUUGCUUCUUUAUAAACUAGAUAGGACGGUUUUCAGUCGCGACUCCUCCGAUGAGAUGCAUCAUGUCUCAGACUUGGGGUUAAAUCGUCAAGCAGCUGGAACACACAUAACAGAAUUCCCACAUGGAAAACAAGAGGCAAAGGAAACAGGUCAAACACCACACAGUCAUGUCAGCACAGAAACUCCCUCCGCAUCUUGUGUUGACUUAUUUGAGGAGCUGCAAACCAAGAAUCACCAGCUUCCCCGUACCAACGUUAUCAUACUGACGUACAUGCGGAGCGGCUCGACUCUCACUGGGGAAAUGUUCUCACAGCACCCAGAUGUAUUCUACGUUUUUGAACCAAUGCAUACUUUGAAAUGGAUCUGGUGGUCACAAAAAACACGCAUGAACUUUUUUGACAGACCUUCAAGGAUGAUAAAAAGUUCAGAAGAUUUUGCUAGAGCAGCCAAGGACAUUGCCGACGGGUUUUUGAGGUGUCAUCCAACUAAAAUAGACGUUGCAACACUUAGUCAGCAUCAUUUAGGAAGCAUCGAGGACGAACAGCUCAGAAGACAAACACUGUACAACAUGCACCCAGAAGUCAAAUUCAACCAUUAUGACUCUGCAAUGGCGAAAAGAGCUUGA